AUGAACAUUCUCAAAAUAUCCGUUGUUCUCUCCCUUCUGGGCCUCUCUGCUGCCCAGGGUACCUCCAGCAUCGAGUCCGUUACAUGUGGUACCAAUAAAUAUACUCAGAAGCAGGUCAACGAGGCCGUUGAUGAAGCCUGUAGGCUGAUUGCCACGAACCAGCAGCUCGGCACCAACAGGUACCCCCAUCGAUUCAACAACCGAGAGGGCCUCGAAUUUGCCACUUCUGGACCCUAUGAGGAGUUCCCCAUUCUAAGUUCCGGCAACUACACUGGACAAUCGCCCGGGGCUGAUCGAGUUGUCGUGGACCGCAACUACCAGCAAUCAUGCGUCUAUGCCGGCGCCAUGACCCAUACUAACGCUCCUACUCGGAACGGCUUCGUGCUCUGUAACGAGACUGCUAUUGCAAGCAGUGGCAGCGGCGGUGAUAGUACAGGUGGCACGGGCAGUACUGGUGGCUCAAGCACAAAUGGAACCUCAGGCUCUGGUGAUUCUGGCGCGGCGACUUCGGGCAUCAGCAGUAUGCUUGUUGGAGGAUUGGUUUCUUUCUUCGUCUUGCUAAAUGCCCUAUGA